GAGUGGGGGCUACCCAAGGAGAGGAGAUGUUACUGAGACUGCUUCAAGGGCAGCAAGAGCAGCUUCAGAGGCUGCAAGAGAUGAUGGGAGCCCAGGUUCAUGGGCAACAGCAGCUUGCAGCUGCAACGCAGAGCUUUGCUUCGGCUAGCUCGGCCACAAAGGGACGUGGCUUGAUUGAUGUGAAAGCUGUGGGGCGACCGAGCCAGCUGGGCGGUACAUUGGAAGAAGCGUCGCGAAAUUGGCGCCAAUGGUCGUAUCGUCUUGAGCUUUGGCUAGCCUCGCAAUUUCCGGAUGCUAGGAAGAUCCUUGCUUGGGUCAAGGAAAAGGGUGAUACCGAGAUUCCUUUGGCAAGCCUGGAGUCGACUUCGAUUACGGGCGUUGCCAAGGAAGCGGUGCUGGAAUUUAAUCGCCAGCUUGAGGUGGUGCUUGGGACGCUUACCAGCGAUGCGCCUGGGGACAUCACGAUGAAUAGUUCGACUGGGUCAGGUUUGGACAUGUUCCGGAGGCUGCACGCCCGCCUGGAUCCAUCGGAUAUGGUCACCAGCAUGAGGUGGCUGAGGUCACUUAUGAGCACUUCGGCGGUGGAUUCCGUCACCGACCUGGUGCCAGCCAUUGAGAAAUGGGAGGAUGCUCACCGGCGGUACAGCCAGCGAAAGGACUGCGCACCUUUGACGGAGCAGCAGAAGAUGGUUUCUUUGAUCGGCCUCGCGCCGUCUGAGCUUCAGGGCCACCUGGAGCUAAACCUAGGAAGGCUCAGCAGCUAUGAGUUGCUGAGGAGAGAAAUGGUGUCCUUUGCGGAUACCAAGCGGGCCUUUACGGCCACGGACGGUGCUGUGCCAAUGGAGGUGGAUGCUCUGAAGGGUGCCAAAGGACCGAAGGGAAAAGGAAAGAAAGGAGACAAAGGAAAGGACAAGGCUCAAGCGGGCAAGGGUAACAAGAACCGGCCAAAGGGCCGAGCCAACGAGCUUGACGGCACGGAGGGCGGCGCCAUGGAUGGGGCCGGCGAUGCCGAAUAUGAAGCCGAGGAAGCCGAGUUGGGCUUUAUAGGGGCUCUGGAUGGCGAGGGCGAAGCUGACCCUGAUGGGGACCCUGCCGAUGGCAGGGAAGAUGGAAGCGGAGGUGAUGGAGCGCUUCGUUCCUCACCUGGUGGCGACACCUCUGGGGCCGGGUCCACGGAUCCCCCGGCACCCAAGGCUAAAGCCAAGGCGGGAUCAGCCAGUUCCACCCCAGUGGGCCUAAGGAUGGCCGAUAUGAGUGUGCUGAACAAGCUUCAGGAAAGGCGAAGGGAGCUUGAGGCUCAGAUCGCCGAGGUGGAAGCCAAGGGCAGCGAAGGUGACCAAGGGGAGCUCACCAUGCACCGGCUGAUGCUGGAUAUGGUUAAGGGUCAGAUCAAGAGGGCCCAGGAGCUCAAAAGGAACCGAGAAGAAAGGAUCUCGGCUAGGCUUCAGGCCGACCUGAAUGCGGGUCACAACCCGCGGCUGGCAAAGCGGAAAGAAAAGAGCCGCCAGAGAGCGGCCAAGCACCGGCAAAGCCUCAGGCUAGGGCAAGCCAAGGCACGAGUUAGAAGGGAGGAAGCCCUGGAGAAGAGGUUCAACAUACCCGAGAGGGCACGCAAGCAGGAUGAAUAUCCGUUGCUGCCCAGUGCUGGGUCCAAGGUAGCUGCACCACCCUCUCGCCGGGAAAAGGCUAUGAUGAGGGGCGAAGGCGAGGACCGCGAGCACUCUGGGGAUGAGCUCGACGAGCCCAAGGAAAGGGACUGGAGUGCCAAGCCUCGGCGGCUGACGCCAGAGGGCCGCGAAGGCAAGAGGCUGCGAGAGCAGAAGAGGAAGAAAAGAAGGGCUCAGGAGAUGAAGGAAGAAGCGGGUGGUGGACCGCAUCGGUCCCCACCGGCGGGGGUUCGCGGAACCGACCGGCCCAGUGAGCCGAAGGGGCCACCGCCUAAGCUGAGGCCGACCCCUAAGGUUCGGGCGACGCCCAAAGAGCCGAGUACUCCGCCACCGGGCCAUGAGUCGAGAAGGAAGAAGAAGGAAGAGGAAGAAGAGGACCUGGUGGAGAUGGUCUUCACCUUCAUCGACGGCUCGGGGGUUGUAGUGCGAAGAAAGGGCAUCUCCGAGCUCACCCUCAGCCAGAAAAGAAAGGUGGAGGAGGCAAUCGCCUCUGCACCUUGGAGGGCCGAGCCCAAGGCUCGAGGCAGGCCCCAGCUGAACAAGUACAGCCAGAUGUACUCGAGGUUUGUGAACUACCUCAAGGGCUACCGACCAGCCCUGCCGGAGAAGCAGAUCCGCCGCAGGGGCCUUGCGAAGCAGUACCAGGCUGCAACCCGGUUUCGCGCAAGGGUUGGAAUCCGGAGGAAACUCCGGGCCCUGGCCCCAAGGGGGACGGUGGGCGAAACGAUCGCCAACCGGGACCUGGAUGAUGACAGCGACUGCCACUCGUGCCACAGCAGGCGUGUGAAAACGACCGAGCCUGCAGACCGCUUUUACAAGAAGCGGCGGGCAGCAAGGGCCAAGCAAAAGGCCAAAGAGCUCCUGAGCGAAGACGAGGAAGAAGACCAAAGGGGUUACGAUGACCCCGACACAGACUCAGACCCCGGCCACCGACCUUUGGGCCGUGGGCCAAGGAGCCCACCAGGCGGUGGGGAAGGAGCCAAGGAGGCCGUGGUGUACUCCUUCGAGCCAGGGUUUGGUGGGGCCGCUUCGGCUACCACCAUCCAAGUGAUCCUGGAUAGUGGGGCGAGCCACAAUGUGAUCCCACAAGAGUGGGUGAAGCACCUGGAAUGGGGACCCGCCGAAGGACCGGCAGGCUUCCGCACCGCAGACGGAGGCUGGCUGCCAAACCUCGGUACGGCCGUGGUGUCUUUGAGGUCGACCGAAGGGUUUUCCUUUAAGGUCCGGUUUUGCGUGGCCUCGGUGCAGCGUGCGCUUCUCAGCGCGACCCAAGUGCUGAAGCUUGGGCACACGAUCGUCCUGAAAGGAUCGAGAGCGGUGAUCCGUGUGAAAGGAAGCGAGGAGAAAACCUUGGUGUUCAAGAUCCUUGGGUCGCCUAAGGCGACGUUUGCUUUCAAGGGUUUCCCGCGGCACUGCCCGGAGGAGUGCAGGCCCCCUCCGGUAGCUAGUUCUCCCGACCACUUUUUCAUAGGAUCGGAAGGAGAGGAGGACAAAGCCAAGGAGGAAAGAAGCAAAGCAAAGGAGAAGGCAAAGGAAGAACCAAGAAGCCCAACGCGCAAAGCAAAGGAAAAGCCAAGAAGCCCAACACGCAAAGCAGAGGAAAAGCCUAGGUCUAACUCGGGCAAGAAUCGAUCUGGAUCCCUUUAUGUGGGUGAAGCUGGCGGUGCUGAUCCACCAAGGGAGGAAGCUGCUUCAGCGUCCUCCCAGCCACAGGUCGAUGAGGGUCAGUCUGCUCAGCCGUUGGCCCGGCCAGACCGACCAACGCCCGAGAUGAUAGCAGCUCAUGAGGUUUCCCACGUUCCAUACAGGAGUUGGUGCAGAGCCUGCGUUGCAGGUCGUGGUCGAGCUUACCAGCACAAAGCCUCGGGUCAGGAGUCCACGGUGCCUGUCAUCAGCAUGGACUACCUCUACUUCAAUGAGAGGACCGAUGGCGCUGGACUGCCCACCAUAGUCCUUCGCGAUCGCCACUCGAAGGCUAUCUUCUCGCACCUCCUCCCGUGCAAGGGGACGACUGGGUCUACGCACCCUGCGCGGGCUAUCUUGAAGGACCUUGAGUUCCUAGGGUACAAGAAACUGGUUCUGAAGAACGACCAGGAAGCUUCUAUCAAAGCUCUAUCUCUAGCUGUCCGCAAUGGCUUCAGUGGGGAGAUUGUUCCGGAAGAGUCACCAAAAGGGGACCACCACGGACAGAGCAAUGGGGAAGCUGAAAGGUCCGUUCAGACAGUGCAGGGUUUAGUGCGGACCCUGAAGGCCAGUUUGACUGAGAAGGGCAUUACCCUUGAACCCACCUCAGCCGUGUUUGCCUGGAUGAUUGAAUAUGCUGGUGUACUGCACACCCUGUUCAGUCAAGAGCUCCAUGAAGGGUUGACGCCUUUUCAGCGAAUAAAGGGGCGCAAGUGGCAAGUGGCUUUGCCAUGCUUCGGUGAAGCUGUGGACUACCGCCGCAAUACGCGCUCAAAGCUGGAUUCGCGAUGGCAAUCUGGAGUUUAUCUGGGCCUACGUCUGCAAAGCACGGAGAAGAUCGUGGGGACCAACCAAGGGAUCUUUGUGGUCCAGAGCAUCAAGCGGAAACCCGAGGGCCAACAAUGGGAUUCCGACUUGGUCAAGGCAGUUCGUGGAUUGCCCUGGAAGACCUCACCGGACGAGACUGGAGAUGGUGCUCGAUUACCCGAGCCACUGACCGUUCGAGCUCAAGUUGAGGAGGGACUGCCUCCACCUGCUCGCGAACUGGUUAAGCCCGAGGUAGCACCCUUCAGACGCACCUACAUCCGCCAGUCUGACCUAGACAAGUUUGGGUAUACGGCUGGAUGCGAGGCAUGCUCAGCAAUCCGUGAGGGUCGAAGGAGAACGGGCAUCAACCACACCGAGCACUGCCGCUCAAGGAUCAUGGAAGCCCUAAAGGAGUCAGAAAGCGGAAAGGCCAGACUGGAACGCGAAGAGCAGCGUGAGAGUGAAUUCUUCGAUAAGGUGAACAAAGCAGAAGAGAAGAAGAGGAAGGUGAGUACUGAGCAGGAGGCGUCCUCUUCCACAGAAUCUCCAGCGGCCCAACCUUCCAGACCUCUGACUAUUGCUCGCCAACCGCCUUUGAGGCCAGAGGUUCCGAGCGAACCUAGCUCUCUGCCACCUGGUGGUGCGGCUGCUUCAGCUGCGCCCAGUGGGGGCCAGAAGAGAAAGAGUGAAGGCGGGGGGGACGAAGGUCGUGCCGAGCUGGCACCUCCUGACGCAAGGUCCGAAGGUCAGAAGCGAAAAUCACCUGAGAAUGCCGAAGGCAUGAUCGAAGAGCUCAUUCUUCAAGAGCGCGAAGGUUUCAUUGCCAGUAUCGAAAACGAGGAACAACCCACGUGCGACUUAGAGGACGACUUGUGGGAGGAAAAGUUCUACGACGAGAAUACUGGUAAAGAGCUUCCCGCCGAAGGUGUCAAGCAAGCUCGCAUGGAGGAGAUCCAAGUUAUCAAAGACAUGCAGGUUUGGGAGCCGAUUCCAAGACCCCCUGGCGAACGGGUCAUCGGCACCAGAUGGAUUGACAUCAAUAAGGGGGAUGAUCUUCGAAGGAAACUGCGCUCAAGGCUGGUAGCACAAGAACUGAAGAGAAAGAAAGGAGUCAACGAAGAUCCGAGCUGGACCGAGUUCUUUGCGGCGAUGCCGCCAUUGUCCUCCUUGAGGGCUCUCUUCACACUGGCUACAACUGGGCGCGUACCCGGCCCAAACAAGAAAGCCUUCCAGAUGAACGAGCAUGGUGAAGUAUGUGUGCUGUUCAUUGAUGUGAAGAAAGCUCACUUCUGGAGUCCAGUCAGGAGGCGACUCCUCGUGGAGCUCCCACCAGAAGCGGGAGAAGGACCUGACAAGGUCGGCCUUCUCAAAAGGAGUCUCUACGGAACCCGUGAUGCACCGAGCAACUGGGAACAUGCCAUCAAGAAAGUAAUGACCGACUUGGGUUUUAAGCAAGGGGUGUCCAACCCGUGCCUUUACUUUCACCCUGAACAUGGCUUACGUUGCAAUGUGCAUGGAGACGACUUCACAGUCGUCGGGGGCUACAACAAACUUCAAUGGUUGAUUGAGUCACUUCAGAAAGCGUGGACAAUUGAGGUGCGAGGAAUCUUGGCACGGCCCGGCUCGAGCCUGCCAGGAGUUACUCACAGCAUCUCUGUGCUUAACAGAUUGGUCACGUGGACCAACGAAGGGAUCGAGAUGGAAGCCGAUCCUCGGCACGUGGACCUGGUGUUGGAACACCUGGGUUUGAAUAACUCCAGCCCUGUUACCACACCACUUGUUAAGAGCACAGGGGAUGAGGAUGAAAGUCCACUCUCCAAGGAAGAUGCUGGACUCUAUCGGUCCAUAGCAAUGAGAAUUGGGUAUCUGUCAAGCGACAGACCCGACAUGCUUCGGACUGUGAGGGAACUUGCUAAAGGCCUCAAGGAGCCCACUCAAUAUCCCUGGAACCUGCUCAAGCGUGCAGGGAGAUACUUGAGAGGAGCACCUCGCCUCGUGCAGCUUAUUCCUCACCAAGAAGGGUUCAGUGUCAUUCAAGGAUGGAGUGAUACAGAUCAUGCAGGAUGCGUUCGCACGAGAAAAUCCACAACCGGGACGGUCGUGCAACUAGGGAAGGCAGUCAUCAAAGCCACUGCGAAAGGGCAGGCAGUCAUAGCACUAUCCAGUGGGGAAGCUGAAUACUACGGCCUGAUAUCCACUACCAGCGCAUGCUUGGGUGAACAAGCAAUGUUGGCUGAUUGGGGCAUCAACUGCCCUGUGGUCAUCAACAUGGACGCCACCACGGGCAUAUCCAUUGGAAGCCGGAGAGGUCUUGGACGUGUGAAGCACAUCCACACCUGCUUCCUGUGGGUUCAAGAGGUGAUCGACUCUGGCCGAGUUAAGCUGAAGAAGGUCCCUACGGGAGAAAUGCUG